GGUGACUUACGUCUCCUGUGACGUCACGAGGGCAGGUUUUCACCCACGGAGUCGGAGGGGGACAGACCUGCAGCGUUGUUUUGACUUCGCUCGAAAACACCGACGGGAGGACGGGGGCUCGCGCCUGCUGAGAAGAAGAUGGCGGACGUCGGAGGCGAAGAAUCUCGGUCGGCUUUCCUAAAGCCGUCCCGCAACGGUCCGGUUGGCGGCUCGUCGGCGCGCGCUGCGGGCCACAUCGCCGCCACGACGGUAACGUCGGGUCCGCGGAUGGUUAGGAUUGUCAAGUCGGAGUCUGGCUACGGCUUCAACGUUCGCGGUCAAGUCAGCGAGGGGGGCCAGCUGCGGAGCAUCAACGGGGAGCUGUACGCUCCUCUCCAGCACGUCAGCGCGGUGCUACCGGGAGGCGCCGCGGACCGAGCCGGGAUUGUGAAGGGGGACCGGAUCCUUGAAGUUAACGGGGUCAGCGUGGAAGGUGCGACCCACAAACAGGUGGUGGACCUGAUCCGUGCCGGAGAAAAGGAGCUGGUUCUGGCCGUUCUGUCUGUCCCGCCUCAGGAGGCGGAGGGGCUGGAAGGCGGAGAGGACAUCCAGCCCAACUACGAUUACAGCGACAAGCAGGCCGUGCCCAUCUCCAUCCCCACGUACAAGCAUGUGGAGCAGCACUCGGAGAGGUUUGUGGUGUACAACGUGUACAUGUCGGGCAGACAGCUGUGCUCAAAACGCUACCGGGAAUUUGCCAUCCUGCACCAGAACCUGAAGAGGGAAUUCUCCAACUUUAACUUCCCCAAGUUUCCUGGUAAAUGGCCCUUCACCCUCUCUGAACAGCAGCUGGAUGCUCGCCGCAGAGGCCUGGAAGAAUACCUGGAGCGAGUGUGUUCUGUUCGGGUCAUCGGUGAGAGUGACGUCAUGCAGGAGUUUCUCUCUGAAUCCGACGAGAAUUACAACGGCGUGACGGACGUGGAGCUGCGCAUUCUGCUGCCGGACAAAACAACCAUUUCUGUGCGAGUCCGUAAAAACAGCACGACCGACCAGGUGUACCAGGCGUUAACGCUGAAGGUUGGGAUGGACAGCGUCAUGGCGAGCUACUUUGCCCUUUUUGAAGUCAUCAACCAUUCCUUCGUGAGGAAGCUGGCGCCCAACGAGUUCCCUCACAAACUCUACGUGCAGAAUUACACCUCGGCGGUUCCGGGGACCUGCCUGGCGCUCCGGAAAUGGCUGUUCAGCGUCCAAGAGGAGGAGUUUCUCCGAGAUAAUCCCCUCGCACUUCACUAUUGUUUUCAUCAGGCGCUGGACGAUGUGAAGAAGGGAUUCAUAAAAACAGAGGACAAAUCCUACCAGCUGCAGAAACUGGCAGAGCAGCACAAGAUGGCCACGUAUCUGAGCCUGCUGCGGACGUGCGAGGGCUACAACGAGGUGGUCUUCCCCCACUGCGCCUGCGACUCCCGGAGGAAGGGCCACGUCAUCACCGCCAUCGGCAUCCACCACUUCAAGCUGCACGCGUGCACGGAGGACGGCGCUCUGGAGAACCAGGUGAUCGCCUUUGAGUGGGCGGAGAUGCAGCGCUGGGACACGGACGAGGAGGGCAUGGCGUUCUGCUUCGAGUACGCCAGAGGAGAGAAGAAACCUCGCUGGGUGAAGAUCUUCACUCCAUACUUCAACUACAUGCACGAGUGCUUUGAGCGCGUCUUCUGUGAGCGGAAGUGGAGGAAGCAGGUUGAAGACGAAGCUUCUGACAAAGACAACAAAAACUGCAGCAACACUGAAUAUCUGCCUCCUUUGGAGACGCAGCAGAAAGGAUGGCGCCACCUAGGGGGGGAGAUCGCCACGUCCUAAUGCCGUUUCGCCGUCACACGAACUAGAACCGGCCCACUCGCAUCAUCAUAGCCACCCCAGAGAGCGCCCAUCAGGAGCCAGAGGCCGAGGCCGUCCCCUAAACGGCGGACGCCGGCAUCCAUUCAGUAUUCUUCCACACAUCUUCUCCUUCCUGCUCCCGUCCUGGGAUUGGCUGAGCAGCUCCUCAGGACGAGCUGGUCAGAGCGACCGUCAUGAGGCGUCCUCACGGCGAGGGCGACGUGCGGCGGACAAACCCGGAGCAGCUGCAGGGCUUCGGGGGACUGAGCUGAGAUGAAAGCGAUGCUGCAGAAGAUUCCUCGCGUUUUCUGAUGAAGGGAGGAGGCAAGGUCCCGCCCUUUUCUGCACCGACAGAAGGAAAAAAUGUCUCCUGCCUCUGAGCUUCUGGGUGUUUCUGUGAGGAAACACAGGAAGCUGCCAUGUUCCAGAGGAAGAAUUUGUGAUUAUUUGUGUGUUUAACAUUCGUGUUCCUGCAAAGAUAUAAAUUAAUAGAAGAGCUUACAGCAGAUUGACUCCUUCAAAACACUAAAUGGAUUGCAUUGUAAAUGCUUGAACUAAUGUUUCAUUGGUCACCUGGUUCCAGAGUCCGACCGGAGUUGGCGGUCUGCCAUUAAUCUGAGCGUCGGGAUAUUUAUGUCCGCCGCAAAUGUUUUAUGGCGGCAGUUUAGCAAAGCUUUGAAGUCCCCGUUCCUGACGGAUAACCUCCUGACAAAAGGUUAACGAGGCCGAGCGUUAAUAUUAUUCCUUCUACAUGGAGAUCGCUGCGCUCGGCCGUGAAUCACGCCUCCAGCUGCAGUUCCCAGAGCGGACAGCAGGGGGCAGCAGAGCGCUGGAGCAGCCCCCACUGAGGGGAGAUGAGGAGCUAAUCCUCUCCCUGCUUCUUCUAGUGAUCAUCGGGGGCCUGUAAUUCACCCUAAAGUAUCACCCCCGUGCAGCCUAUCCAUUAAGCCGGGGGAGGGGGGGCGUCUGCUGCACGAGCAGCCAAGCCCUGCGACUGCAGCUGCGCAGGCCUCCUAUUGCACAUCCAUGGAAACAGUGUUAGUCGUGGUCUUUUGUGUUCCUCGUUUGUUCCUCUGCAGCUGUUAGGGAGCAGCUUCACGCCUUAACGGGUGGCGAGGCCGCUCACCACUGGGGGGGGGGGGCUUCUCCACAAAGGGGGCUGCUUGAUCUUUUUUCUUAUCAUUUUCUGAAUCUCUGCUGUGCUUCACGGUUUCACAGCAGCCAUCAGGCGGGAGUUUCCCCUUACGGUUGUGUGGUGGGCGGGGCUUCUUCUGAGCACGCAGGUGUGCUGUUAAUGAAGACAGCAGACAGAUUGAGACAGAUACAUGCCCCCCAGUGUCUGCUGCUGUGAUGCGUGUCCUCCAUCCGUUCCACGCCACACGCCGUCACCGCGUUGUCUGAUUGGGUCUCCAUUUGACGGCCGAAGGAAGAGUCCAUUUAGAGACUAAAGAAGUGGAGCCGUUCGACCUUGAUGAGGCCCCCCCCCCCUCUGUGAUUUAGCGGCGGCCGUGUGAAUGUGCGCUCAGCCUCGCCUGUCCUCCGCUCUCCACGGCGGUCUCCCGUCGUUGGGAGGGGGGGUACGGUUGCCGUGGCAGCACCACGUCGGCUCAGAGCCGCUCCGUUUCUGACUCACUCCCUGAAGUCCUGUACUGGAAGUUGUGUGUUUUUUUUUCCCGCCGUUCGUUCUCGUGGCUCGUGCUGCUGUGAAUAGGCCGCUUUCUGCUCGCCGUCUGUUUUUUCGUGGUUCGUCUCGUCGGCGCCGGGCGGCGUCUUAUGCUCAGCUUUUGUUUUUGUUUUACUAAAUGUCACAUCAGACGUUCAGAUGAACACAGAGGCGGCGUCAGCAGCUGAUCACAUGUCUGAAGCUGUGGGGCAUCAGUGGACCGACCCGGCGGUUCUGACCCGGCAGAAUCCUCCCCUGAACUGUAACGAUGAAAUCAGGGCGAAAAGCGGUUUUCUGUUUGUGGAUCCAAACCUGAAGCUGUAAAAGUUUGCUGUUGCUAUGGCGACAUAGGUUUCGUCUGGCGGCAGGAAGGCACAGACAGGAAGCCGUCCUGCCCGAGCGGCGCCCUGCGGGACGCCCUGCAGGCCCCCGACUCGGUUCUGGUCGCCCUCCGGCGUGGACCUCCGGGUUCUGGGGGGUUCUGCAGCUCCUGAUGCCGCGAGGAACCGACCGCCGGGCGCUCUGAUGGUCCGUUCUCAGGAAGACGGACGCUGCAGAGCGUUCAGCCGCGUCGGUUUUUUAAAAUUUGUACUUCUGACAGAAAAUGCACUCCUUGGUUUUCUCCAGAUCGAGAGUUUUAAUGAUUUAGAGGCGAAAACGAUUCGGAGGAAAUGAUCCCGAGCAGCGAAACGACUGAAGCGCCGGUCUGCCUGAACACAGCAGGAGGUCCGAGCAGAAAGACGGGAUUUUCUAAGAUCAUCCUUCAAGCUUAACUAACCUCAUGUAAAAUGAAAAACAGACAAACUUUUCAAGAUGUUGUGUAGAGUUAAAAAAAA